AUGAGAAGCUUUCUGAAGUCUUCAUUGGUCAGCUUGGACCUGCAAGGUAGAGAGGAAACAGAAACCAUCAUCCUCCAAGACUUUAUCGAGCAGCACUACGUGACCCUGAAGAAGGCGAAUCCCGACUUCCCCAUCUUGAUCCGCGAGUGCUCCGGCGUCCAGCCCAAGCUCUGGGCUCGGUACGAGUUUGGCAAGGAGAAAAGCGUGCUGCUGAACAACUUUACCGUGGAUGAAGUGGCCAAGGCCUUGGAGAACAUUGUGAAAAGCCAGGUGUGA